AUGAGAAUCUCUCAGGGACCUCUCACUCUCGCCAUGUUGGCUGGUAACGUUCUUGCCGCUCCAGCCCAGAGCAUUAACUCUGAGAUAUCUCACGAUGAUGUAUCCGCCAAGAAUGUUGGCGAUAGUGUCUGGUUCGUUCCCUGGCGCCGCGGCGAGAACAUGUUGAUGAGACCGAGGAUGUAUCCGCCAAGAAUGUUGGUGGCAGUGUUUGGUUCGUUCCCUGGCGCCGUGAUGAGGAGAGAACCGAACAGACUGAAGACAUGUCUGCCUAAGGAUAUUGCCAAUAAGGGGUUGUUUAAUUGGCGCCACUAUGGGGACGGCAGGUUCCAGAGUGUGGUUUGGAAGGACUUCGAUUAUCGAAAAUUGCCUGGUUUCAACAACCAGACUGAAGAUGGCUCUUCUGGCAGUUUCCGGCGAGUAUCAUCACGGCUCGGUGAUGACCAAUUUGGAAUAUAUUAUGUUGUAGCUGGCCAUUUUAGCUCAUCGUGA